AAAAAGCAAUAAAAGCUUUUUUAGAUUACCCAACCACGGUAGAGGAUGCAAAUCUAAGAUGAAUUAACAAUUGUGCCAACAAGGAAAUGUUUUGCCUGACUCUGAUCCUUUACCUAACAAGGAACAAUUUUCUGUCAUCAUUUACUGAUGCAAUAUGUUCAGGGAAGAGUAGUCUCUCCGCAUGGGCCAAGCACUUAAUUUCUAAUCAACAGGAGAUAGUGAAUGAUUUAUACAGGGCAAAUAAAAGAAAAUUAAUGAUUUAUACAGGGCAAGUAAAAGAAAAUUACUGUAUGUCUUAUAUGAAUAGUUGGGACUGAGUCUGAGCUCCUAGAAUUCAGUUUCCUCUGCUACUGAAUGGUUGUUUGUUUGGGAUUUUAUUUAUUGGAGCAUGAAGAGAUUUUCGAAGAUUCCCUUCCUCUAUUCUUUCCUUUUAAAGUGAGACACUGAAGAAACUUGGAAGCAAUGACACACUCAGCAGUCAAAGGGGUCAAUGGGCUGGAGAACCCCAGUUUCAUGGUUGAAGAUGGAGACCCAUACAGAGCCUUGUCUGAACUCGAUGCUAAGGGCCCAGAAGAGAAGAAGAAAGACCAGGGCAAGAGCUACAGCACACUGGUGUACUCAGUCACCGACAUUCCACCAUGGUACCUCUGCAUCCUGCUAGGGAUUCAGCACUACCUCACAGCUCUGGGCGGGCUUGUAGCCAUCCCUCUGAUCCUCUCCAAAGAGCUUUGCCUGCAGCACGACCCCCUGACCCAGGGUCACCUGAUCAGCACCAUCUUCUUUGUCUCGGGAAUUUGUACACUCCUUCAAGUCUUUUUUGGAGUCAGGUUGCCCAUUCUCCAAGGAGGGACUUUUGCAUUCUUGACUCCUUCCCUUGCCAUGCUCUCCCUCCCUAACUGGAAAUGCCCUGCGUGGACACAGAAUGCCAGUCAGGUGAAUGCCACUUCUCCGGAGUUCAUUGAGGUCUGGCAGUCAAGGAUACGAGAGGUAAAUCUGAUUGCUUCUUGUUUCCAAAUCUUUGUUGGAUUCUCUGGCCUGAUUGGACUUAUGAUGCGAUUCAUCGGUCCUUUGACUAUUGCUCCCACCAUAACCUUGGUUGCACUUCCUCUCUUCAACUCUGCAGGAGAUGAGGCUGGCUCACACUGGGGCAUAUCAGCCAUGGCCAUUUUCUUCAUAGUUCUGUUCUCUCAGUACCUGAAAAAUGUGCCUGUGCCACUUCCAUCUUACCAAGGAUCCAGGAAGUGCCAUUUCUCUAAGGUGUACCUCUUCCAGAUCUUUCCAGUUCUUCUCGGCCUUGCCAUUACUUGGCUGAUAUGCUUUGUACUCACUGUUACCAGUGCCUUUCCUUCGGACCCCGCAGUUUAUGGCUAUCCAGCUCGGACGGACAUCAAAGGUGAUGUUUUGUCCCAAGCACCUUGGUUCCGGUUCCCAUAUCCAGGCCAAUGGGGAAUUCCGACAAUCAGCUUGGCCGGGGUAUUUGGCAUCAUAGCUGGAGUGAUUUCCUCCAUGGUGGAGUCAGUAGGCGAUUACUUUGCCUGUGCCCGAUUGUCUGGUGCCCCGCCCCCGCCAAAGCAUGCUAUCAACCGUGGAAUUGGAGUUGAGGGAAUUGGCUGCCUUCUGGCUGGGGCAUGGGGAACAGGGAAUGGCACUACCUCUUACAGCGAGAAUGUUGGAGCACUGGGAAUCACCCGGGUAGGGAGUCGAACAGUGAUCGUUGCUGGUGGCUGCGUGUUGCUUGUAAUAGGCAUGUUUGGGAAGAUCGGUGCUGUGUUCGCCAGCAUACCCACACCCCUGAUUGGAGGAUUGCUCCUUGUGAUGUUUGGAAUCAUCACUGCUGUAGGGGUUUCCAAUUUGCAGUAUGUGGACAUGAACUCCUCAAGAAACCUGUUUAUCUUUGGAUUUUCUAUAUAUGCGGGUCUGGCAAUUCCCAGCUGGGUAACCAAAAAUUCUCAAGUGCUAGAAACAGGAAUUCUCCAGCUAGACCAAGUGAUCCGAGUGCUCCUCACUACCGGCAUGUUUGUGGGUGGAUUCCUGGCAUUUGUCCUUGAUAACACGAUUCCAGGAAGCCAAGAAGAGCGAGGACUCUUAGCAUGGAAAGAGACCAGCCAGGAGGAGUGUGAUGAGAUGCAGUGCAUAGUCCAGUACGGAAGGAAUCGACGGACGUAUCGGAUCGUGGUGGUUCAAGGUACACCAGGAGAAGUAUCUGCGCCACUUGUGAAGGUAAGUUUUUCUUGUGGUUUGUCGCCUACUGUGUACUACGAUGUGUUGGACUGGAACAGAGCAGAGAGAUUCGAAUGGAGUCAGCCAGUUAGGAACCAUGCUGUUAGGUUCAGCAUUUGUAUCUGGGGGUGUUUCAGGCGUCCUCGGUCUUGUGUGAGGAGAUUGUGGAGAUGUGGAAGGUGUAUCGGUGUCCGCGCAGAGAGACGGUGCAGGAAGGGAAACCAGUGCUGGCUAGGCCACUCCAGGGCUAUGAGGAUUGGCGUAGCCCUGUCUGCCUUCAGCUUCUGA